CCAAUUAAUCCACAGAAGCAGCAGCAGAGAGUUCGCCGAGGCACAGCAAUAUUUAUUAGUAACUUUUUAUUUUCUCUCUCUCAAAAAUCUGUUUAUUUACUCCGUGUAUAAUUCAUGAUAACUUUUCUAUUAUAACCAUUUUAUUCUUUGUGUAUUUUAAAGAACCGAAUAAUUAACAAUUAUUAUAUCUGACGCUUAUAUCCUUUUCACACUUUAUAUAACGUCAUUUCGAAUAAGGAACCAAAGAUGACCUCAAAAACGAAAGUGGGAAAGGUGGGCUCCAAAAGCAAAGAAGAUGCUCCUCAUGAGCUGGAGAGUCAGUUUGUUCUUCGGCUCCCACAGGAGUAUGCCUCCACAGUCAGACGGAUCGCCCAAUCUAGCAGCAUGAACAUAAAAGACAGACUUACUAUCGAGUUACAUGCUGAUGGUCGCCAUGGGAUUGUACGUGUAGAUCGUGUCCCUUUAGCAUGUAAAUUAGUGGAUUUACCCUGCAUCCUGGAGUCAUUAAAAACGGUUGACAAAAAGACCUUCUAUAAGACUGCCGACAUCUGUCAGAUGCUGGUAUGCACACUGGAUGGAGAUCUGUACCCCCCUCUAGAGGAGCCCACAGGCACUACAGACUCCAAAGGCAAAAAGAAAGACAAGGAAAAAGACAAGAAAUUUGUUUGGAACCAUGGCAUUACGCUUCCUCUGAAGAACACGAGGAAGAGGCGGUUCAGGAAGACAGCGAAGAAGAAGUACAUCGAGUCUCCUGAUGUGGAAAAGGAGGUGAAGAGGCUCUUGAGCACAGACGCCGAAGCCGUCAGUGUUCGAUGGGAGGUGAUUGCUGAGGAUGAGACCAAAGAACCUGACAACAGCUUAUCUCUGUCCAACUUGGAGUCUUCACCUGGAACCUCGGGACACAAGGGUCACGGCUCUUCAGUCCAACAUGACGAGCUACGCGAGAUCUUCAACGACAUCAGCAGCAGCAGCGAGGAUGAGGACGAGGAGGCUGACCGAAACGAGGACGAUGACCUUAACAUCAUGGACACUGAAGACGACAUGGUCAGGCAGCUCCAUGAGAAACUGAACGAGACCGGCGGAAGCAGAGACAAGAAUGACCGUAACAGUCAGAUCGUAAUGGAGUAUCAGGUGCAGAUCAACAAUUUGAAGGCCAAGCUUCAGGACACACGUAACCGCAAGAAGGAACAGGAGAAAUUGAUAAUGGAGGUGGAAAAUCAAGCACUGAGGGAUCGUUUCCAGGGUCUUUUGAAUGGUAUGAUUCAUCAAGAAGAGCAAGAGAUGCAACAACUGGCUUCCCUUCAAGAGCAGCUGGACUCGCUGAUCGAGAAGUGAUGCUCACGAUUACGAAGAUACUGCAAUACAAUGACUCUGACCAGAGGCAACUGCUGAACACAUCAUUGACUUUACUGCAUGUAUUAGCUAAAUUUGGACGUCCCAUUUGUGUUGAGACUCAUAGAAAUAUUGUCAACAUAUUCAACUGAAUGCUCGUCACACAAGUUUCAUCUCAUGCAAGAUUGUGUAUUUGUACUUUUUGUGACGUUACUUCUUCUGCUCCUUAAGCCUGCAAAUUUGUAAGCUACUCCCAUUAUGGUGGUCAAUAAACUGGAAAAUCAUACUAGA